UUUACCAUGUGGGACGAAGAGGAAUGUGGCCUUGAAUGGAUCGCCGUUCCACGGAAACUGCUCUGGGUGCCAGAUAUUGUCAUUAAUGAGUUCAUGGGGCAAAACACCGCCCCAGAGGUCCCGUACACCUACCUUCACUUUAAAGGUGGUGUAUAUGAUCAACAGCCUGUCAAAGUUGUAAGCUCCUGCCGUCUUGACAUCUACUUGUUCCCAUUUGACAUUCAGAACUGCACUUUUACCUUCAACUCUUACAUACUCGACAUGGAUGCCAUACAACUGUAUUCUGGAAAUUCAGCAAAGGAAAUACUUCAAGCAUCAAAAGAGGCAAUGGCGACCAUGGGUGAAUGGGAAUUAGUUGGAAUCACAUCAGACCUUAAAACGAUCAGACCUAUGGAUGGGUCUGCUUAUCAGGAGCUUCAUUUCUAUAUCUCGGUCCGCCGCCAACCUGUCAUGUACGUUGUGAACCUCCUGAUCCCCAGCUGUUUCCUCAUCACAGUGGACCUCUUCAGUUUUAUGCUGCCUGCACAAAACAUUGACCGGUCCUUGUUCAAGAUGACCCUGAUCCUGGGCUACACCGUCUUCCUGCUCAGCACCAACGACCUGCUGCCCAUCACUGGAAACACCAUACCGCUCAUAAAUGUGUUCCUGUCGCUGUGCCUGUCCAUGAUGGUUACCAGUCUGCUGGAGACUGUCUUCAUUACCAAUCUUUUGUGUGGUUCUGCUCACUAUACUCCACCUCCUCGCUGGAUCAGGGUGUUAGUUCUUCAUUUCUUGGGUCGGCUAGUUGGACUUCCUUCCAAACCCACUGAAUUAGAAGACACAGUGAUCCAAAAUCCUGAUGCACAAGAAAUGAAUGAUUUCUCUCAAGUGGCCAAAGCGAAUGAGACUUCAGAGCAGAAGGAGCUGCUGAAUGGAGACAUGAUGGUGCAGGUGUUGAAGGAGCUGAGUGGAGACCUCCAAGCCAUCCACCAUCAGGUCAUACAUGAGCUAAAAGGAGGCCGCAGCUCCGAGGAGUGGAUCCAGGUCGGUCUCAUCAUCGACCGCCUGUUGUUCAUCCUCUAUAUAAUCUUUAUAACAGUCAGCUUCAUCACCAUCAUCAUCAUCUGGGUGAAGUCAUACAACAGCAUCUGA